GUAUAAAAGAGGACAUAAAGUCAGAGAUCAGCAAACACUAAAGCUGACCAGAGACCCGUGCUACUGCUCCGACAGACUGUGAAAAAAAGAUGGCAGACGCAGCCGUUCCAACACCCGCCGAUAAGAAGGCGCCCCCCAAGUUCAAGCAGAGGACCACUCGUACCUUCAAGAGCAAGGCCCCUAAACCCGGACAGAAAGGAUUCGGAGACGACAUUCCCGGCAUGGAGGGCCUGGGGACAGACAUCACGGUGGUUUGCCCGUGGGAAGCCUUCGGGGACAUGGAGCUCAGCGACCUGGCGAAAUUUGGAAUCGUCUAGAAAGCUCCUUCUGUCUUUACCCACCCCCCACUGUUAUACUCUUCAUGCACUGUUGAUCCUACACCCAUCUCCACCUGCCCCGUCCCUGAACUCAGGUUGUUGUGGUUCACAGAGACUCAUCCCACUGAGCUGUACGCAAAGAUGUGUUUAUAGUUGAUUUAUGACAGAUGUAUUUAUUUAUAUUUGCUUCAUUGAGAUGGUCUACCUUCCAGACCCCCGCCCCACAUAGCCCUUUGCUCUUCUGAGAGACUGCAAUAAGCACCCAAGGAUGACUGAAACAUCCCUAAGCUCCUCUCUUCUGCCUUUUCCGUCACCCUUAAUCUCUUUGGAGCUAUUUUCUCUUAAUGUACAGAUAUUUACUAAAUAUAUAUAUUUUUAUGUUUAUUAAUGAUUUAAAGUACUGUCAGGAUACUGAUAGAAGCUGCUGUUCCUUCUGUGAGUUACUGCCGAAGUUUGAUGAAUGAUGACAGUAAAUCAAAUACAAAUCUACUGAUUGUAGCUGAUGUGUUCAAUCAAAACUGCUUAGUCUUGUCAAUAUCAUGAAGGAUGAGUUUUCCAUCUGGAUGGUCCUGAUGACUCCAUCGUUCAUUUGGGUCAUUAUGGUAUGGAUUGUUAUUAAACUGUGAACAUAAAA